AUGGGCACCACGCAGCAUCUCCAAUGCACAACUGCUGCAUCAUCCGCACAGAACGCUUACAUCAACUCAGCCUCUUCCCUUUUCUGGCCAGUCUUAAUAUCCAACUUCUUUCUGUCCGCACUGUCAAUUGCCAACUUGGGUAUAAUUAGUUCUAUGGUGGCCUUUUUACUGGACCAGAAACAUAAUGUUCAACGAUACGAGAUCACCUCACCAGGACUCCCAUUCUUCCUGAAUGUUGAGCCUGCACACCUGUGGGUCGAUCAAGGGCAUACCAGCAACGGCGUAGCAGGUUAUGGGUUCUUCCUAGGCCUGUUUGGAAUGUUUGUAGCUUGGCGAGUACGACGAGCCACGACGCGCCUCGCAGACAUCAGACGUAGCGAUCUGACACAGAAUCAGCAGCCUUCAAAGCUCCUCAUAGCACUCGUAAUCCUCCAGUUCCUUGCCGUCCUAUUCACCCUCAGUGCUUUAAUUUUCGUCUUUAUUGUGACCAACCAGACGAAAGGCCAAUCAAUUCGGAUCCCCAUUGCUGCCAAUGCCCAAGGUCAAAACUACCCCGAGUACAAAUGGACGCCAGAGACGUGGUUCAAAGCUGUCCUUGAUUUGCCCCUUGCAGACAAGUACAUGCGUGACGAAAUUGACAGCAAGAUCACGAAUAUGGUCACUUGGCGGUGGAUGUUGGUUCCUAUCUUAGCCGCCGACGUUAUCGCGUUUGGUGUCACGACGCUGGCUUGGCUGAGGCAACGAAAGGGCAUGACAGCGCGCCCGGACUCGGCGAACACGGUUGAUAAAUGA